AUUCUAAUAAUAUUUUUGUGAGUGUCAAGCAUAAAAUAAAAAAAUAAAAAUAUAUAGAAACAGAAAAAGAAAACACAACCCGAGCGUAGCAGGAGGCCCCAACACAUUCAGAGAUCUACAGAGAGAGAUAGAUCUUCGCUCCAUCGAGAGAUCGGCACGACGACGACGACGAGGACGAGGACGCAAGGGACGCGGGCCCCUCGUUUUGUGUUGAGCCGCCAACUGUCGUCUGUACACCACUAAAAGUGGCACAAAUCGGGUUAGACGUCGCUCCCAGAGCAUUAAUGGCUCAGCCUAGGUAUGACGAUGGCCUGCAUGGCUACGGCAUGGACUCUGGCGCCGCCGCCGCGGCGAUGUACGAUCCACAUGUCGGCCAUCGGCCGCCGGGACUGCAAGGCCUCCCCUCGCACCACUCACCGCACAUGACGCACGCCGCGGCAGCGGCCACAGUUGGGAUGCACGGCUACCAUUCGGGGGCCGGAGCGCAUGGUACACCUAGUCAUGUAUCACCGGUUGCUAAUCACCUAAUGGGCGCAAUACCCGAGGUACACAAACGUGAUAAGGAUGCGAUUUAUGAACAUCCGCUAUUCCCGCUCUUAGCGCUCAUAUUCGAGAAAUGCGAAUUGGCCACAUGUACGCCGAGAGAGCCUGGCGUGCAAGGUGGCGAUGUUUGUUCGUCGGAAUCGUUUAACGAGGAUAUUGCAAUGUUCAGUAAACAGAUAAGAUCACAGAAACCCUACUAUACCGCAGAUCCCGAAGUCGAUUCACUGAUGGUGCAGGCAAUACAAGUGCUUCGGUUUCACCUUUUAGAGUUAGAAAAAGUGCAUGAACUAUGCGAUAAUUUCUGUCAUCGAUAUAUCUCAUGUUUAAAGGGUAAAAUGCCAAUAGAUUUAGUGAUUGACGAACGGGACACCACCAAACCACCAGAAUUAGGUUCAGCAAAUGGUGAAGGAAGAAGUAAUGCCGAUUCAACAUCGCACACCGAUGGAGCUAGUACACCAGACGUUCGGCCGCCCAGCUCAUCGCUGUCGUAUGGGGGCGCAAUGAACGAUGAUGCUCGCUCGCCGGGCGCUGGUAGUACACCUGGUCCAUUAUCACAGCAGCCACCUGUCCUAGAUACAUCAGACCCUGAUGGUAAGUUCUUAUCAUCACUCAAUCCUUCAGAACUAACAUACGAUGGACGAUGGUGUCGAAGAGAAUGGUCCUCACCUGCCGAUGCUCGCAACGCAGACGCCUCCCGGCGGCUCUAUUCCUCAGUCUUCCUUGGCAGUCCUGACAAUUUCGGAACGAGUGCAAGCGGUGACGCCAGCAACGCAAGCAUAGGCAGCGGCGAGGGCACCGGCGAGGAGGACGACGAUGCGAGCGGCAAAAAGAACCAAAAGAAGCGUGGCAUUUUCCCAAAAGUGGCGACAAACAUAUUGAGAGCGUGGCUGUUUCAGCACUUAACGCAUCCCUACCCAUCCGAGGACCAAAAAAAACAGUUGGCGCAGGAUACUGGCCUGACGAUACUGCAAGUUAACAAUUGGUUUAUCAAUGCGCGACGAAGAAUUGUGCAGCCAAUGAUUGAUCAAUCGAACCGAGCAGUUUAUACACCGCAUCCAGGUCCCUCCGGUUAUGGUCACGAUGCCAUGGGCUACAUGAUGGACAGCCAGGCGCACAUGAUGCAUCGUCCGCCCGGUGAUCCGGGCUUCCAUCAAGGCUAUCCGCACUACCCGCCCGCCGAAUACUAUGGACAGCACUUGUAAUCCAGCGCCGGCAACGGACACGGCGCGACUGCGGAAGCCUCAGCAGGAUCCUACACCCACAUCCAAACCCAAGCAGAAGCGGCGGCGGCGGCGGCAGUGGCAGCAGCAGCAGCGGCAGCAGCAGCAGCGACAGCGGAAGUGGAGGGCAAUGGCUGAGCGUGCCCGUAAGCGGAUGUUGAGAAGCACGCUGACAAAGCGACAAAGCCAAAAUCAUAGCUUAAACCUACAACUACAACAAUACUAAAGCAGAGCGAAUGCAGAGGCGAGGACAGAGACAGACAGUGGCCAGGACCCUUGAACCGUGUAACUUACAAAAACCGAGUGGCAAUAUCAGUCAAGUAAUAGAUGAAGUAAAAACUGUAGUAAAAUCUAAAAAACAAAAAA